UUCAAAAUGUUCAGUAAUUAUUUUUGUUUAUUUUAGCAGUGUUUACAAAAGAUUUAAUUAGUUUUGAAUGAACAAAAAUUGCAUUCAAGUAAUAAAACAUGGCGUUAAGAUUUAUAAUAAGGACAUUAACAAAACGAACAGCAGCGGUAAAGUGAUAAACAAGCAUUAUGGAGCCAGUUUAAUAUUUGUACAAUGUCAGGAGAAUAUAUACAAAAAUGAAGAAAAUGUAACCAAAGUUGAUUUACAAAAAUUUGAAAGAUUAUCCUACGAUUCAUUAAUUAAACAAUCAACAGUAGAUGCAGUUAAUAGUGCUUCUCAAACUUUGACAGUUGCCAGUUCGGCAUUUGAAUGUACUUGUAAAGAAUAUCGGUUGCUUUUAUCUAAAUUAAUAAAUCUCAUUGAAGAUACCUUGAUUUAUGAAGUAAGCGAUGAACAUAGAGACUUAAUAAUUGCUGUUAGAUGUGAUGUAAAUAACAAGAAAAAAUUAUUAAUGGAGCUACUCGGUUUUAUGGAUUAUGUACAAAGAAUGGUAGAAGCAGUAUCAAUAGUAAGCCAAUCAGCGGGAAUGGAUAAUUUAGCUAUGUCCUUAUGUGAGAGAAUGGACAAUGCAUUAAAAUAUAAAGAACAAGAACUUAAAAGCAACACGAAGUUAGAAAAAGAGUAUUCUUAUCUCCAAGAAAAAUGUGCAAAAGUAAGGAUCGACGAUAUCGACAAUGUACCAGAAUAAUUUUACCAAUGGAAAUAAAUGUUUUGUUAAUGAUAUA